AUGCUAGUAAAGAUAGUUAAAGCUAAAGUAGGAGGGCAAAAAGUUAAUUGUCGCCUUGAACCAGGUUUUCACGGUCCUUCCAUAUGUAGUGAUAAGCUCCUCAAAGAAAUCAGUGGCAAAAUUAGCAGAAAGUUGACUCCCGAAGAAAAAGAUAGUAAAUUCGUCAGAGAAGAAACCACAGCUCCACUUGGAUUGGCCAUAAUCCCACUUACCUUUACUUCUAAUAUAAAAAAUAAUCUUUGUCUUAGUAAUAAGAAAUCUAUCACAAUUCCGACCGAAGUACUUGUAGAGAAAUAUGACCCUAAAACAUCUAAUUAUAUCCUGCUUGGCAAUAAUUGGUUCUAUGAAAUAGUGACAGAUGUAAAAAAUGCUUUUGUAAGAACUACAUUGCGUAUCAAAGAUCUCAGCGGAUCUGGGGUGGCAAAAACCAAAAAGAAGUCAAGGGUUAUAGUAUCGGUUAAUAAAAGAGAUAUUCAUGAUUUUUACAAAAUACUUCCUGGGAAAUCGAAAGAUUCACUGCCCCGCAGAUCAAAUAUCUCUGCAACUUCUGAUUCGGGCACUUCCGAUUCGGAUACUUCGGACAGCGAUUCAGGUAAUUCUUCCACAUCUAGUUCGGGAAUAGAAGUUAUACAUACGCAUAAGACUGAAGCAGUAAGGAAACGCCCCAUUCUAAAACGUAAAGUAAAGGUUAGUUUAGAGGAUUGUGCAUCCAAAUCUGAGACAUAUUCUUCCGAUCUUGAGAAUGUAUAA